CUUUGUGCGUGCGGGCAGACGUGUGCAGAGCUGAGAGAGAGGGAGGAAGAAAGCGUGAGAGCAGGCAGGAUUUCUACAUUUUCUGUAGAAAAGGACGGAGAGAGAAAACUUUGCAAAGAGGAAACAGGACUUGCACAAGCUAGAAUAAGAGAGGGGAAACUUGCACGCACAACGUGCAGCCACAAGGAGAUUGCAUACACACGUAUAUACUUGUGUACACACACACAUACACGCGCGUGCGCUCGUGUUAGGAAGAAUGGAGGACAAUUCAGCAAGCGUGGCUCCCGCCUGCAAUUCUACAGUCGUGCUGAACAACCACUGUACGGAUGACAGUAUCUCGGCAGCGAGUGUAUCGGACAUGCAGGACCGGCUGUCUUCUCUGGAACUGCGUGUGCAGCAGCAGGAGGAUGAGCUCACAGUGAUGAAGGCUGCAUUGGCUGACGUGCUCCGACGCCUUGCGCAGUCCGAGGACAUGGCGGCCAAGAAGCAGCAGAACACCAAAGGUCAGACACCGCUGCGUGAGGCUUUCUCCAUGUCCUGUAUCGCUAACGGUGGCUCCAGCAGCCGCAAGUCUCACAGAGACAGCUCCAACGUUUCCGUAGCCAGGAAAGAGACACUGUCCUCUGCAGCCAAAAGCGGUGUGGAGAAGAGAAAAGACAAGCCUCCACUAGAGGAGAUCAAGGAGAAGGAAGAGCCACCACAAGCUAACGAUAAACCCCCUUCAACACCCAGCACACCACAGGCACCAUCCCCUUCCAGCCAACCCCCUUCCCCUCAUCCCCUCCAUCCCCAGAGGGCCACCCAUGAGAGCAAGGGGUACUCCCCAGCCAAAAGGGGCCACAGUGCAAAGCGUGGUGGAGGAAUGGAGCGCUCUCAGAGCAGCACAUGGGAGAGCGGGGAGGAAAGCAGGAACAAGCUGGUCAAAGCCGCCUCCACUUCCAAACUGCUGGCCAAAGUUGUGAAGAACGCAGAGAAACACAGAGAUCCAGUUAUCAGCCAAGCUAAAAUGUCAACCCGUGAGAAAAACAGUCAAGAGGAAGAGUAUAUCAAAAUGUUCAUGCGAGGACGACCGAUCACCAUGUUCAUCCCGUCUGACGUAAAGAACUACGAUGAUGUGCGAACUGAGCUUCCCUCAGAGAGACUCAAACUGGAGUGGGUAUACGGCUAUAGGGGCCGAGACUGCAGGGCAAAUGUUUAUUUGUUGCCCACAGGGGAGAUCGUCUACUUCAUCGCCUCAGUGGUCGUACUUUUCAACUAUGAAGAGCGGACACAGCGUCACUACUUGGGACACACUGACUGUGUGAAAUGUCUUGCUGUUCACCCAGAUAAGAUCCGCAUUGCCACAGGACAGAUCGCAGGAGUGGACAAGGAUGGCAGGCCGCUGCAGCCUCAUGUGAGGGUUUGGGACUCCGUCACUCUGCAGACCCUACAGGUCGUUGGCCUGGGCACCUUUGAAAGAGGAGUGGGAUCCCUUGCUUUUUCUAAAGCAGACUCUGGCGUCCACCUCAGUGUAGUUGACGACUCCAAUGAGCACAUGCUGACUGUGUGGGACUGGCAGAAGAAAUCCAAAAUUGCUGAGAUUAAGACUACCAAUGAGGUGGUCCUAGCAGUCGAGUUCCACCCAACAGAUGCAAACACCAUCGUCACCUGUGGCAAGUCGCACAUCUUUUUCUGGACGUGGAGCGGCAACUCUCUGGCUCGCAAGCAGGGCAUCUUUGGGAAAUAUGAAAAGCCCAAGUUCGUGCAGUGUCUGGCUUUCCUCAAUAACGGAGACAUUCUGACCGGAGACUCAGGAGGCGUCCUGCUUAUCUGGACGCGCAGCACAGCGGAUCCACCACCAGGAAAAGGACUUAAAGCAUUUCAGAUCAGCCGUCAGAUCAAGGCGCACGAUGGCAGUGUGUUUACACUGUGUCAGCUGAGGAAUGGCACUUUACUGACUGGAGGAGGUAAAGACCACAAGAUCAUUCUGUGGGACCAUGACCUCAACCCAGAGAGAGACAUUGAGGUUCCAGAUCAGUAUGGAACCAUUCGAGCCGUUGCAGAGGGGAAGGGCGAGCAGUUCCUCGUCGGCACAUCACGCAACUUCAUCCUGAGGGGCACUUUUAAUGAUGGCUUUCAGGUGGAAGUGCAAGGUCACACAGAUGAGCUGUGGGGUUUGGCCUCUCACCCGUUUAAAGACCUGUUCCUCACCUGUGCGCAGGACAGGCAGGUGUGUCUGUGGAACUCGGUGGACCAUUCGCUGGAAUGGACCAGACUGCUGGACGAGCACGGUCACUGUGCAGACUUCCACCCUAGCGGUGCUGUGGUUGCCAUUGGCACUCAUUCAGGGAAGUGGUACGUUCUGGAUGCUGAGACUAGGGACCUGGUGGCCAUCCACACAGACGGCAACGAGCAGCUGUCAGUGAUGCGCUACACCGUGGAUGGCACGCUGCUGGCAGUGGGAUCACAUGAUAACUUCAUUUACCUCUACACAGUGUCGGAUAAUGGACGCAAAUACAGCAGAUAUGGGAAAUGCUCUGGACAUUCCAGCUACAUUACACAUCUUGACUGGUCCCCCGACAACAAGUUCAUUAUGUCCAACUCAGGAGACUAUGAAAUCCUUUACUGGGACAUUCCAAAUGGCUGUAAGCUGAUUCGUAACCGCUCUGAUUGUAAGGAUAUCGACUGGGCCACGUACACGUGUGUGCUGGGAUUCCAUGUCUUUGGAGUGUGGCCAGAGGGUUCAGACGGAACGGAUAUCAACGCUCUGGUCAGAUCUCACAACAGGAAAGUCAUUGCUCUGGCUGAUGAUUUCUGCAAAGUGCAUCUGUUCCAGUACCCCUGCUCCAAACCUAAGGCCCCAAGUCAUAAGUACAGUGCCCACAGCAGUCACGUGACCAACGUUAGCUUCAUGCACAACGACAGGCACCUGGUGUCGACAGGCGGCAAGGACACCAGCAUCAUGCAGUGGCGCUGCGUAGGCAUGAGCGAUCCCCUUCACAACUCGAGCACACGAGUCCAGGCCCCUGUGGCUGCUGUACCCACCUCUCUGUCCAUCACCAGAAUGGAACCGGAUGCCAACACGCCACCCCCAACACCCACCGAACCCCUGGACGCCACCCCUAACGGACAGCAAGAAGACCUUGAAACUCCGCCUCCCCCAGAUGAGCCCACGCCCACUUCUGACAGCACCGUGAGCCCAAAGGACAGUCUGGAGCCAAGUGAUGAUACAGCCACGCCCAGCGACGAGGGCACACCCUUCACUCCACCUUCUUAAAACCCGCGGGCGAGGUGAUUUAGCCCUCGUCUCGGUUCGCGUGCUCCACCCACAGGCACUAGGCUUGCCGUGAAGGUUGUAGCGCAUGCACAGGGGCUCUUUAAACUUUUCAUCUUUUCAGGUUCUUUCUGUUUCUUUCAACAUGUGCUUGUUUGUAUGUCGUUAGUCCGAGAGGAAGAAAAGGAGCAAAAAUGAAUGAAGUAUUGCUGUUGUGUUGCCCAGGAGGAAUCGUGCUUCGAGUACGUAGAUGUUGGAAAUAUGGAAACGGACACUAGCAUGCCUGGAUAGUGAUUACACACAAACACUACAGCAAACAUGAGGCUCAACUCCAACACAUUUACAUACGGGGGCACAUACCAAAAACACGGAUUUAGUAGAUUAGAUCAUUGUAUGAACCUCAACUUAGAACAAAAUAUCAGUCAAUGUAAAUGCAAAGUAUAACUGAAAUUAGUGAAAUGAAAUAUAGGAUUAUGUUAUGACUUUUAAACUAAUCAUUUACUCUUGUGAAUAAUGAGGAUUUUUUUUUUUUUGUGAAAUGCCUGCAUAGCAUCUUUACCUGAGCCAAGAAUAUUUUGAAAAUGCCAGGCAGGUAACACUGACUCAUCGAAUGAACUCAACUCACUCUCAUUGGCUACUUCUGUGCAAGUUCGCAUCAUCGUGGACAAAUUUUAAGCAUGGCAUGAAGCUAAUAAUAAAUGUUCAUGAUUAGCGAGGCGUAUUACACACACACACACACACACACACACACACACACAGAGGCUGCAGUUCGUUCAAAGCCAUUUUCUCCUGUGUCUCUGAAGCUCUGCCCAGCACAGCACAUGCAGAUCAGAUCAGCAGGCUGUCUGAAUGUCUUCAGCACACAUCAUCAUGCAAACAUCAGUUUUUCCUCCAACAGACUUCAUCUGAACUCUUCACAUUCAAACAGCUCGUUUUUAGCCUGUAUUCUAAAUCCUGUUCUCUUUCUGUUCAAGUUGCUUUAGAUUCAUUUUCAGACUUUUUUUCCUGUUCAUUGGACUGAUUUUUUUUUUUUUUUUAAAUCUUGAUUCAAUUAAAUGAGUCUUAAAUGUGUGCGUGUGUGUGUGUGUGUGUGUGUGUGAGAUCACAUGCACAUGAAUGAGCUGGCUUUUUUGUUGUUGGUUGCUGUUUUUCUUUCUUUGCCAUCUUUCAUUCCACAAGAAGGUGUUGGUGCACCUUCCUUUCCUCCCUCCCACAGGAACUCAGGAUCCCUCAUGUAGGUCACCUUCCUAGUCAGAAUGUGGGAGAGAGCUCUGUCCUUGUUCUUUCUCUGUCUCAGAGCGGUUUUCACCACUUCAGUAAUGCAUUGUGACGGUUCGUGGGCUAAAGGAUGAAAGAGUUUUUUUAUGUAUUUUAAACUUGAGCUAUAACACAGAAGAGCCGGUGUGCAGAAACACUGUGGCUCUUCAUGCUCAUGGUUUUUUGUUCCCAGUUAUACAAAGAUGUGCUAAUUCUAAAGAGUGAUGCACCAAAUCCGAACAGAAGACGCCUCCAACUUUCAGAUGAUCAGCCUGUGAUCCUAAAUCUAGAUCUUUCUUCAAUAUGCACUCAUCACCUUCCCUUUAUUUACUUAGACCAGACACAAUGCUAAGGUGCUUCAGUUACAUUGUGCUUACUGUCCAGCCUGUUUUUGAAAAAGGGAAAAAAAAGCCACUGCUCAUUGAGUCACUCUCAUAACCUCCUGCUCACUCCUACUCCCUCUCAUAACCGCCUGUUCCACUCUCAUAACCUCCUGCUCACUCCUACUCCCUCUCAUAACCGCCUGUUCCACUCUCAUAACCUCCUGCUCACUCCUACUCCCUCUCAUAACCGCCUGUUCCACUCUCAUAACCUCCUGCUCACUCUUACUCCCUCUCAUAACCGCCUGUUCCACUCUCAUAACCUCCUGCUCACUCUUACUCCCUCUCAUAACCGCCUGUUCCACUCUCAUAACCUCCUGCUCACUCUUGCUCCCUCUCAUAACCGCCUGUUCCACUCUCAUAACCUCCUGCUCACUCCUACUCCCUCUCAUAACCGCCUGUUCCACUCUCAUAACCUCCUGCUCACUCUUGCUCCCUCUCAUAACCGCCUGUUCCACUCUCAUAACCUCCUGCUCACUCCUACUCCCUCUCAUAACCGCCUGUUCCACU